CGUAUUGGCCAAUAUCUAGUGGCCAUUGCAUUCAAAACCAAACAUUUAACACAAAUCCUAAGGAAAAUUCUGCAUGUUAGGUUGUUUUACAGGCACUAUCUAAAACAAUCUUAUUGUUAUCUUAUGAAUCUCUUUAGAAGCAAUUGUUCUUUUACAAAUUGUGCUGCAAUCAUACUUUUGAUGUGGGCUACUGAACAUUACACAACAUUUGGAUUGGUAGGUGUGAUAUAUAUGCAGCACCACAAUCAGUGUCCUGCUAUUUGAAUAUCUAUUGAUUUAAUUUCAAUUAACGGUCAGAUAACUGAUAACACAUGUCAGUACCCCAAAUGCUUCCUGAUCCCAUCCUAAAUGUUACUGACGAUAUUCCUCCUAUCCAACCUUCUGCCAUGGUUGCUUCCUGCUGCCAGCUGACCACCAGCGUACCAGCAGAGGAUCAGAAGAUGCCCACAGUGCAGGAGUAGUCCAGAGGAGGGGGGGGUUUGACAGAAAAUGUCUGCCUCGCUCGCCCCGUCCCUCCUCCCUCAGCCAGCCCCUCUCCAAGGUUGGCCCAGCAGUACGUCUACCCACAGGCCUACAUGCAGCCCAGCCUGGUGCUGCCCUCUCAGGUUUCCCCCUCCGUCGCCAGCAGCCCCUACAUGGACUACAGCGCCGCCUACUCCCAGUACGCCCAGGCGGCCUUUGAGCAGCAGUACCCGUACGCCGCCUCUCCGGCCAGCUUCCUGGGGUACAGCUACGCCACCAGCCCCACAGCCAGCGCCGGACCAGCCCCUGCCGCCACGGCACCGGCCUCCAUCCACGCCUCCCUCCCCUCUGCUGCCGGCCCGGGACAGGCCUUCCUGCACUACGCCCAGCAGCAGCACAUCCAGCCGGACCGCAUGCAGUGAGCCUGUGAAGGAAGCACCGAAGAAGAAGAAGAAGAAGAUGAAGACAGUGGAGGUGGAGGAGGAGGGAGUAGUGGACGCGGACCUUUUUAUAAAGAGAUGAUGGCGAAACCUUUAAGGGUGACCCAGCUAUCAUCAGCAGGGGCUUUCAGGAAGAGGAAAAAAAAGGGUGGGACUAUUGCACUAUACGAUCAGGAAUGAACCCUUUGCUCGUUGGCUAAAGGGUAAAAGGGUUGGGAGGCUGUCAAGGUUCACGUUUGGGAAACUAGACAGCUUAAAGUAUGUGGUCGCUUCCAAGGGCUUCCAGAAGCUGACACUUCAUGUUUUUAUUAUCAUUAUUAUUACUAUUAUUUUUAUCGUCCUUUAUUAUUGUAUUAAUGUCAAUGUUUGUUUGUAUGCCAUUAUUAUCAAUGUUGUUCUGGCUCAAUCAGUGGAAGUCCUGUGUGUCCGUGGUACAUACUGAUGGUGGGAGAGCUGUCACACCUCUUUCCUCCCGACCCCCAGUGUCAGGGGCCGGAUAUUAAGGGCACUGCUGCUUUUGGACACUCGGGGAAAGUCAGAGAUGGGUGAAGGCAAACAUGGGGGCGAGAAGGGUAUACAGCCAGCCCUAAGCCUCCCUGUGGUCCCAUCCUAGUGCCCUUCACAGGGUAGAACUGCCCUGUGAACAAAAACCUCCAGAUCUACGACACAAAAGGACGAUGAGAUUUCACCUCAAGGACAAAUCGGAAAGAACGUUUCAGUAUAAAUGACAGUGGGAGCUCCAUUGUUUUUUUUAUGUCAGGACUACACUUUUUUGUAUUCUUAAUUAAAGAGGCCUUAAUAAUACAGAAACUCCUUUUUGAAUCUCUUGAUUUUUCAAGCGCUCCCCUCCCCACUACAGAAACUAAGUGCAGAGAGUUUGUAACUGGCCAAGCUUGGGUCUUGAUAAUUUCAAAUGGAUGUAGAUAAUCACAUGCAGUACGUGGGCGACGGGGAGCAGGAGCGCUGUGUAUCGUUGUUGAAAGGUAGCUGACACUGAGCUCAAACACCAGUGUGUUUAUUUUUCUCACUGAGAUUGUUGCUCUCAAGAGGACAUUCAUGUACAGCAAUUUAAAAUGUUUUCAGUCAUCACGUACAUUUACAAUAUUUAUAUGUAGGUAUUUAUAUGAGGUACUAAGUUAAGAUCGCUUCUUUGUUUUGUUACUAUGACUCUUGUUGUGGCACUGAUGUCAUUUAACCUGCAGAUACACAGGUGUCGUAUUUUGAUUUAUGUCCUGUUACGAUGUCCGAGGAGUUGUGUGCACGGCAACUACAAUUUAUGCUCUUUUGUAGAUCCUUAACCGGUUGCAUAAGAAAUUCUUUACAUUUUUUUUUCAAUAAAGAUGUCUUUUACAGUCCCUUCAAAGAAGCCAUACCAAAAAAAAAAUUGAAAUAAAGACUUUGUACA